AUGAAAAACAAAGGAACCAGCCGUCCCGUUAUUGUCCAUAACCCAUACCUAUGUGGGAUGAAAGAAGACAUCUUGUAUCACUUCAAUCUAGGAACGGCAACACACGACCUCCCUGCUCUGUUUGGUGACGUAAAAUUUGUGUGCGUUGGUGGCAGCGCUUGGCGAAUGAAAGAGUUUGUUGAGUUUAUGGCUGCAGAGCUUGGGAUGCAAAACCCUAGAUCAGACUACCCCAAUAUCUGUGCUGGAACAGACCGCUAUGCCAUGUACAAAGUUGGUCCUGUACUCUCUGUUAGUCAUGGAAUUGGAAUCCCAUCCAUAUCCACAAUGCUGCAUGAGCUCAUAAAGCUUCUCCAUCAUGCACAAUGCACGGAUGUUACAGUUCUACGCAUUGGAACAUCAGGUGGUAUAGGGCUUGAGCCUGGUACGGUUGUCGUCACUAAACAGUCCGUGGACGCCACGUUCAUGCCAAAAUUCGAACAGCUGAUCCUUGGGGAGACAGUGGUCCGCAACACCGACCUGGACUACGACCUUGCUGAGGAGCUGCUUCUGUGCAGCGAGGAGCUGGGCCAGUUCCACACUGUGAUAGGCAACACCAUGUGCACACUGGAUUUCUAUGAAGGUCAAGGCCGUUUGGAUGGUGCUUUCUGCAUGUACACUGAGAAGGACAAGCAAAAGUACCUGAUAAAAGCCAGGGAAGCUGGAGUGUGCAAUAUUGAAAUGGAAUCAACUGUUUUUGCCGCCAUGUGCAAACUGAGUGGCCUGCGAGCGGCCGUGGUAUGUGCAACGUUAGUGGACCGGCUGAAGGGAGACCAGCUCAUCAGCUCUCACGACGUCCUCCACAGCUACCAGCAGCGGCCUCAGAUUCUUGUGGGAUAUUACAUUAAGAAGCAGCUCAACGCACUGGGAGCACUUCAGAAAUGA